AAUGGACGCGAUGUUCGCGUCGCGCGCGCUGAUCCUCGUGGCGGCGACCGCAUGCUGCCUCCUGGCGACGCGAGCCCGCGCAGAGCCGGUCAACUUGAACCGCUCCUUCGUAGUGGACUACGAGAACGACCGCUUCCUGAAGGACGGCGAACCUUUCCGGUACGUUUCCGGUUCCAUCCACUACUUCAGAGUCCCCAAGCCUUACUGGAGCGACCGUCUUACCAAGAUGAAGAUGGCCGGUCUCAACGCCAUCCAGACUUACGUCGAAUGGAGCGGCCACGAACCGGAGCCGGGACAGUACAACUUCGAAGGAAACUACGACCUCUUGACCUUCUUGGAGACGGCGAAGGACCUCAACUUGUACGUCAUCCUGAGGCCCGGUCCUUACAUCUGUGGCGAGCGAGACAACGGCGGGCUCCCCUACUGGCUGCUGAGGAUCAAUCCGAGGAUGAAGUACAGGUCUUCGGACAAGACGUACUUGGACGCGGUGGACCAUUGGUUCGACCACCUCCUGCCCAUGCUGGUGCCGUACUUGUACAAGAACGGAGGGCCCAUCAUCACCGUUCAGGUGGAAAACGAGUACGGCCUGUACGACGCUUGCGACAAGGCCUACAUGCGACACCUGGUGGACAAGCUGCAGCAGCACCUGGGCAACGACGUGGUGCUCUUCCGCACAGACACGCCUUGGGACAAGGCGUACGAGUGCGACCAGGUGGACGACACCUUGGUCACCACAGACUUCGGCCCCACAAAGUGCACGGUGCAACACGCGUACGACGAGGUCAAGAAAGCCCAGCCACACGGGCCGUUCGUCGUUACAGAGUACUACUGUGGAAGGCAGGAUGUCUGGUCGUUAAUACACGACGAGGUAGACAAGCGGAGCAUCGUCGACACCUUCGAGCAGAUCAUGUCGAAGUACAACGGUUCGGUCAACUUCUACAUGUUCCACGGAGGCACGAACUACGGCUUCGCCAACGGCAACCGGCCGCCACCGCAGUUAACGAGUUACGACCACGGAUCGCCGCUCUCGGAGGCCGGCGAUCCGACGGACCUGUACUACAUGAUCCGGAACGCGACGGCCAAGUUCCUUCCGCUUCCGCCGGGCCCGGUUCCGGUUCCGGCGCGCAAGAUGAACCUCGGAAGCGUGCCCCUGACGCUCAGCGCGACGCUGACAGAGGUGAUGGACUGGUUCCGGAAACGGGGCUACCUCAAGACGGCGCGCGCCGAGCACCCGCUGACGUUCGAAGAGCUGGGUCAGGCCUACGGCUACGUCGUCUACAAUGCGACAGUGUCGUUCAGGCCCAAGAGUCCGUCGGUGCUGACGGUUGCGGGUAUCAAGGACAGAGGCUACGUCAUGACGAGAGUGACCCGAAGUGUGCUCAGUUGGGAUGAGAAAGUGUUCAGCGUCCCCGUGGUGACGUCAGAGGGAGAGGCGCUCACGAUACUCGUGGAAAACCAGGGUCGACAGAAUUACGGAGAAGCAAACCAUGACCCUAAGGGCAUCACGUCAGAGGUGACACUCGGGCGUACCGUGAUGACCAACUGGACAAUGGAAGGUGUACCACUCGUUCGAGAUGAAGACAUAGAUCACCUCGGCUCGUUUCUAUCGAAGCAUGGUCACGCAACUGGAAAAGGCACACACAAUCAACCACCGACGUUCUUCUACGGUACGUUCGCCUUACCGCAAGGACAGGAUCCACUGGACACCUACUUCGACCCGACCGGCUGGGGUAAGGGAGUGGUCCUAGUCAACGGCUUCAACCUGGGUCGCUACUGGCCUUCGAUCGGGCCUCAGGUGACUCUGUACGUACCAGGUUCGAUACUGCGACCGUAUCCCCAGGAAAACACGGUCAUCGUGUUCGAGACUGAGCUAGUUCCAUUGGAUUUGCCCACAGUCCAAUUCGUGGACACGCCCAACAUCGACGGGCCGAUCCCGGACGCAGCAUUUGAGAGGAGAUAAGGAAGAAUCUUCUCAG